UGUAGCUGCGUGUGGUGUGCAACAAAUCCAUUUGCUGCGCAUCUGCGGUGAACGUGCUAUGAUUUUAGCUUUUACGCAUUUUGCAAAUUUACAGACUAGUUUCUCGGUUUCUGCUGACCGUUUCGGUUCAAGGUUUUUCCUUCUUCUUAGAUUAUUCAACUGUCAAUUUUAUGUGGAGUGCCAUUGCCGAUAAAGUUUCUUCGGCAUUUAAAUCAUCAACAGCAAAAGACGAGGAGGAAGCCGAAGGUUCUGCUGGCCCUUCUGAAACCGUUGUUACACCCGUUGCCGAAGACAUAACCAAUAUGGAUCAAAGCACAACACGCGAACCUGAAGAAUCAGGACAUUACAACAGCAAAUCACCCGGCCAAGGUUCGUAUGCUGGCUCGCAUAAAAAGAGCGAAGGACGUAGCCCCAGCAAACAAUCCGAAGCAAGGGAAGCGGUCACUCCCGCUAAACGUGGACGCGGUCGUCCCAAAGGCUCUGGAGGUGCCGGUAUCACCAAGAAAAAGACUGCCGGUACUGGUAAGCGCGGUCGUCCUCCCGGAAGCGGUAAAAAAGCUGGUGGAAGCACACCGAAAGCAGCGAAGUCACCAUCAUCUGGACGCGGUCGUGGACGUCCUCCGGGAAGUGGCAAGAAGGCGGUUACGGCUGCUGCUGCACAUGCUGGGUCUUCCAGUCCGGCCAAGGGUCGAGGACGCCCAAAGAAAGCCGAAGGCAGCCAGAGUCCCGCUAAAGCGAGCACGCCAAAGAAAUCAGUGUCACCGGCAAAGCCAGCUGGAUCUGGUAAACGCGGACGACCGAAGGGCUCCACCAGCACCAAAAAAUCUCAAUCCCAGUCAUCCCCCAAGAAAACCGGAGGAACUGGACGGCCUCGAGGACGUCCGCCGAAGGCUGGAGGUGCAGCUAAAGCCGCCGCAAAGCCGAAAUCCGCGGGCACAGGAAAACGUGGACGUCCUAAGAAGAAUGUCGCACCUCCUCCAGUUUCAGACGUCGAAGAGGAACCGCAAUCUCAGGGUGAAGAUUACGAGGACAAUGGUGCAGUGAGCGCGGACGAAUAAACGUCGAUACGAACGUGCAGUUAUUUUCCAAUUUAGUGUAUGUUAUUUCAUACAUGUUAAGCGUAGUGUACCAAAUGUAUUAAUACAGUUCCUUUAAUUUGUGCAUAAUGCACACAUCACAAUAUCAUCGUUGGUUAAGGUAUUCGCGGCAAGCCCUUGCUUCUGCUCGCUGUUCAAGUUUACUUUUGAAUUUUUGUGGAAGCAUUACAGGCAGUAUUGUGUUUACGCAGUUAUCGUUGAAACUGAGGAUCGUUUGUUUACAAUUGUAUUGUUUAUUUUCGGUCUUGUUGUUAUGUUGAAGCCGUGCGACAAUAAAAUUCCCAAGAAAAA